AUGCCCUCAGACAAGCGGUUCACGCUAUACACUCACAAGCUGGGCCCUAAUGGGUGGAAGGUCUCGAUGUUGCUCGAGGAGCUUGGUUUAUCGAACGAGACCGAUGUCAAGUUCCUUGAGUUUGACAAGAAAGAGCACAAGCAAGCUCCUCAUAUCGAACUGAAUCCUAACGGACGUAUCCCUACAUUGGUCGAUCACGGAAAUGAUGACUUCGCCGUAUGGGAGUCAGACGCCAUCCUCCUGUAUCUGGUUGAAAAAUACGAUAAAGAUGGAAAAUUUGCUUUGCCUGACGCAAACGAUAAGUUUCUCCAGCUGCAAUGGCUGUUCUUCCAAGCUUCCGGCCAAGGCCCUUACUUUGGGCAGGGUAAUCAUUUCUUGUUCAGCCAUCCGGCCGUGCUACCGACCGCUGUCAAACGCUACCAAGAUGAAGCUCAGCGAGUUAUCAAUGUGCUCGAAUCAGUAUUGAGCAAACAAGAGUGGCUUGUAGGAGGCAAGUUCGGCAUCAUCGACAUUGCUCUAUUCCCUUGGCAUGACAUCGCCUUAAAAGUCCUAUUUUCCCCGGGGUCAUACAAUGCUGAGAAAGAGGCACCUCAUGUCCAUGCUUGGUACAAGAGGGUAUCGGAGCGACCUGCAAUCAAGAAAGUAUGGGACGAG